AUGGCUGAUGCCCAGAACAGUUCGCUAGACAGCCCAGGGAGUGUGGGGGCUGUGGCAGUGCCUGUGGUCUUUGCCCUCAUCUUCCUGCUGGGCACGGUGGGCAACGGGCUGGUGCUGGCCGUGCUGCUGCAGCCCGGCCCCAAGGCCUGGCAGGAGCCGGGCAGCACCACGGAUCUGUUCAUUCUCAACCUGGCCGUGGCCGACCUCUGCUUCAUCCUGUGCUGCGUGCCCUUCCAGGCCGCCAUUUACACGCUGGACGCCUGGCUCUUUGGGGCCCUGGUCUGUAAGGCUGUGCACCUGCUCAUCUACCUCACCAUGUAUGCCAGCAGCUUCACGCUGGCCGCCGUCUCUGUGGACAGGUACCUGGCCGUGCGGCACCCGCUGCGCUCGCGGGCCCUGCGUACCCCGCGCAACGCGCGCGCCGCGGUGGGCCUGGUGUGGCUGCUGGCGGCGCUCUUCUCGGCGCCCUACCUCAGCUACUACGGCACCGUGCGCUACGGCGCGCUGGAGCUCUGCGUGCCCGCCUGGGAGGACGCGCGCCGCCGCGCCCUCGACGUGGCCACCUUCGCCGCCGGCUACCUGCUGCCCGUGGCCGUGGUGAGCCUGGCCUACGCGCGCACGCUGCGCUUCCUGUGGGCGGCCGUGGGCCCCGCGGGCGCGGCGGCGGCGGAGGCGCGGCGCAGGGCCACGGGCCGCGCGGGGCGCGCCAUGCUGGCGGUGGCGGCGCUGUACGCGCUCUGCUGGGGCCCGCACCACGCGCUCAUCCUCUGCUUCUGGUACGGCCGCUUCGCCUUCAGCCCGGCCACCUACGCCUGCCGCCUGGCCUCGCACUGCCUCGCCUACGCCAACUCCUGCCUCAACCCGCUGGUCUACGCGCUCGCCUCCCGCCACUUCCGCGCGCGCCUCCGCCGCCUGUGGCCCGGUGCCCGCCGCCGCCGCCGCCGCGCCUGCUGCCCCCCGGGCUCCCGCCGCGCCCUCCGUCGCGUCCGACCGGCGUCCUCGGGCCCUGUGGGCUGCCCCGGGGACGCCCGGCCUCGGGGGAGACUGCCGGCGGGUGGUGGCUGGGGCGGAGAGCCCGGGGAGGGGGCUGCACCAGCCCUGACUACCGCAGGACCCAAAUAAACC